AUGACGCUUGUGAAAGCGAUUGCCGUGAAUACUGUGACGCCAGAAUUGGCCGCCUGGCGUGGGGAGCCCAAAUCAAAAAGAACGACCGCUUGGUCCUUGGAUAAUCGAAAUCUCCGAGGCCUCCUCUCACCAAGCAGCGUGAACGAGGAGUUGACUCCGUCAGCGCGCAAAUUAAAACGACAAUACCGCUCUCCUGGCCGCUUAAUGGCAUAUCUAUGGAAACACGCAGCAUCAGGAUCAUCGGAUCUCACCGAGUUCGUUUGGCUUGAGCACACAUCCAUGGUGACACCUCUGAUGGCUGUCUUGUUCUGUUCGGGCGUCUCGCUGGGGCCCCAUCCCAGACUCAUACUCAAUGAAUGGCUCUCCCUAGCGUUUUCCAUACAAGACGAUUCGCUACCCGGGUUGAUAUCGGGUCAAAGUGCACGAAUUAUGCUGGAACUGAGGAAGACGAUAGACCGAUUCAUCAGCCUUGCAUGGAACGAUCUGGAAGCAUUGGAUCAAGCAAAGCGAGAGCAAUCCGAGCAUCUGCCUACUCCUUCAAAACAGCCUUCAUUCCCCAAACUAUUCGACAGUAAGCUCAGAAGAGUCAUGGUCGAUGCAGUGGUGAGGAUGCUCGAUGAGGACGAAGCUUUUUGGAAAGAUUUUCGAGAAAAGCAACGUGCUAAGAACAUCGCCCAUUUUGCCAAAGCCAAAGAGAACGAAAAUGCUUUGUACAAAAUUGACGAUGGGCCUCUGAAUUCUUUGCAAUCUGCUCCGGAACCUAAGGAGAUGGGGAAAGCUGAGCCAACCCAUAGUGGAUGUUCCAUUGUCGAACAGGACGACACCGACGGGUCGAGAUACAAAUCACUAUCUUCUAUGAACGCAUGA